GUUACACGGCUUAUAUGUAUAUAUGUUCGUAAACUGUUCUGUGUUAUUCCGUAUUUGUCUAUGUGAACUGUUUUAGUCUACCGUUUAUGUCCGUAUACUACUUGUGUUACUAUUCAGUGUUUCUCGUGCUUUCAACAACUCAACUGGCGCCUCUGCCGCACCACCGUUUUACCAUCAUGUUUUAAGACUUUAGAGCCACAAUAGACCUUUAUCGUAAUAUCAUCUAUAUGUCAUCCUAAAUAAAAUUCUGAAAUGAGGAUUGAGGCGUCAUAAUAAAGGUCUAUUACGUACAACACCAUGGCUGAUGCGAACGUGGUAGCGGAAGCCCCUCAUACCACCGAGGACGGCGUUAAAGCAGAAACAGACCCUGACCCGGCGGAGGAAAGAAACACCAUACCAACAGAAUUAGUAUAGAGAAACGAAAAAGAACUCUGACAGAAAAAGGUAAAGAACUUAAUGAUGCUGAAGUUAAGAAAUUCAACUCAAAAAUCGAUUUAAUAUGGAGUGAAAUAGAGAACAUUCCCAGUGAAAUUGAAAACAUUAGUCAUAAUACAAAAGCAUUGCGUGCUCUGGGUUCCAGUCUCGACUAUCUUGGAGAUAGAUAUGAGAAAGAGUGUGUGUUAUUUUGUGAAUAUCUUACCGGAACAAAUACAUUAGAAAGCCAGCAGCAGUUGGACUCCCACAUGGCUACCUUUGACAAAGGAAAACGUAUUAUUCAGGAAUUAAGAAAAAGAAUAAGGGAUACUCGUAUGGAAGCAACAGAAACUGCCUCACGGAGGUCCGCUUCAUCAAGGACGGCGUCAUCCCAUGUCGAUUCAAUUCUAUUCAAGAAACGUGUGGAAGCAGAGACGCAACGUGCUAACAUUCUAUUCCGAGAGAAGGAACUUGCGAUCCUCAAAGAAAAAGCAUCACUAAAGGAAUAUGAAGCAAAACAACACGCUGAAAGUGAACGUAAGAAAGCAGAGCUCGAGGCUACUCACCACCUAUUAGGAGAAAAAAGAAAAGCAACACUCGUAGAGGCAGAAGUGAAAGCAAUAGAGAACUUUGAGUCGGACAGUAGACAAGGGUCUGUUAUACCAUCAGAUAUUGAUGCACCGAAAAAUCGCAAACAGUAUACUGCUCGAUACAUCAGUGAACACAGUGAUAAUAGUAUCGAUCGCUACUAA